AUGGUAGGGCAGACCAGCAGAGAAGGGACAAUGAAAGGUCUUCUGACCAGAGGAGGCAGGGCAGAGUUUAAGCAGUACGCUGGGCAGGAUAGGAGUCGAGGUAAUGGCAGACCCAGAAAUGACCGAUGGAGGGAUAACAAGAAUGACAAGAACAAGCUGGAGGAAAAAGACAAAGACAAGAGAGAGCUAGGAGACGUGCUGGUGAUUAGUGGGGGGCUUGUGCAUGGAGGAACAGAUCAGCACAAAGUUAUAUACCCACAUGAUGAUCCCUUAGUAGUUUCCAUAACAAUUGCGAAUUGGAAAGUCAGGAGAGUUCUGGUAGAUGGAGGUAGUUCAGCCAACAUCAUGUUCAUAGACGCCUUCCAUAAAAUGCAUCUAGAUAACAGGGACCUCAGAGGGGUGAACUAUGAAGUCACAGGGUUUGAUGGCUUAGGAAUGAUACCAGAUGGGAUAAUAGAAUUGUCAGUUCAAGUGGGAGAAGGAGCUCAGGCCAGGAACAUGAGGGCAUAA